AGGCUCGCCCCCUCCCCCACGCGGUGCGCUCGGGCCCGGGCGGGACCGUAAGCUGCUCUGCUGGCUGCCUGGAGCCGCGGGAGCCGCGGUGGCGGCGGGUGCGAGGCCAACCUUUGUCCCUCGGCGGAAAGCUGCCUGCGUGGUGCCGCCUCCCCGAGCCGCGGCCGGGGACGCACCUUGGCCCAGGCUCCAGCCCGCCGGGUCCGAGUUGCUGGGGGCGCGGCAGGGAGCCCUGGGUCCUGCUGCCCUGGCUUCGGGGACUCCCUCCUGGCCGAGGCGGGGACCUCGGCGUGGGGAAUCCUGCCCUUCAGAAGACGGGAUGUGCCAUUAAGAAAGUUAGCCUGAGUUUUAUGAAAAACCAAAGAACAGAAACUAAGGACAGUAGACAAGGUUUUUCCAGUUUGCACAAUAUUUCCUUCAUGGAUACUUUUUCAUAGCGUUAUUAUGUGAUGUAAGAAUUUUUUUUGAAGUAACAUGGAUUUUAUACUACCAAAUCUCAAGAGAAUUGCCUUUAUAGGAAAAAUUGAUUUAUAGAAAUUGGUGCAAGUUCAUAUAGAUAACCAUGACAACAUCCCAUAUGAAUGGGCAUGUCACAGAAGAAUCAGACAGUGAAGUAAAAAAUGUUGGUCUUGCAUCACCAGAGGAACAUUCAAAGCACCGAGAGAUGGCUGUGGACUGUCCUGGAGAUUUGGGCACCAGGAUGAUGCCAGUUCGGCGAAGUGCACAGUUGGAGCGUAUUCGGCAACAGCAGGAAGACAUGAGACGUAGGCGAGAAGAAGAAGGGAAAAAACAAGAACUUGACCUUAAUUCCUCCAUGAGACUUAAGAAACUGGCUCAAAUUCCUCCAAAAACUGGAAUAGAUAACCCUAUAUUUGAUACAGAGGAAGGAAUUAUCUUAGAAAGUCCUCAUUAUGCUGUGAAAAUAUUAGAAGUGGAAGACUUGUUUUCUUCACUUAAGCAUAUCCAACACACUUUGGUAGAUUCUCAGAGCCAGGAGGAUAUUUCACUACUUUUACAACUCGUACAAAAUAGAGAUUUCCAGAAUGCAUUUAAGAUACACAACGCUGUUACAGUACACAUGAACAAAGCCAGUCCUCCAUUUCCUCUUAUCUCCAAUGCACAAGAUCUUGCACAAGAGGUACAAACUGUUUUGAAACCGGUUCAUCAGAAGGAAGGACAAGAAUUAACUGCUUUGUUGAAUGCUCCACAUUUUCAGGCUCUUUUAUUGGCCCAUGAUAAGGUUGCUGAGCAGGAAAUGCAGCUGGAGCCCAUUUCAGAGGAGAGAGUUUAUGAAAGCAUUGGCCAGUAUGGAGGAGAAACUGUAAAAAUAGUUCGUAUAGAAAAGGCUCGUGAUAUUCCAUUGGGUGCUACAGUUCGCAAUGAAAUGGAAUCUGUGAUCAUUAGCCGGAUAGUAAAAGGUGGUGCUGCUGAGAAAAGUGGUCUGUUACACGAAGGAGAUGAAGUCCUGGAGAUUAAUGGCAUUGAAAUUCGAGGGAAAGAUGUCAAUGAGGUUUUUGACAUAUUGUCUGAUAUGCAUGGUACUUUGACAUUUGUUCUGAUUCCCAGUCAACACAUCAAACCUCCUCCUGCCAAAGAAACUGUAAUCCAUGUUAAGGCUCAUUUUGACUAUGACCCCUCAGAUGACCCUUAUGUUCCAUGUCGAGAGUUAGGUCUGUCUUUUCAAAAAGGGGAUAUUCUUCAUGUGAUCAGUCAAGAAGAUCCAAACUGGUGGCAGGCCUACAGGGAGGGGGAUGAAGAUAACCAACCUUUAGCUGGGCUUGUUCCAGGAAAAAGCUUUCAACAACAAAGGGAAGCCAUGAAGCAUACCAUAGAAGAAGAUAAGGAGCCAGAAAAAUCAGGAAAACUAUGGUGUGCAAAGAAAAAUAAAAAGAAAAGGAAAAAGGUUUUAUAUAAUGCCAAUAAAAAUGAUGAUUAUGACAAUGAGGAGAUCUUAACUUAUGAGGAAAUGUCACUUUACCAUCAGCCAGCAAAUAGGAAAAGACCUAUCAUUCUAAUCGGUCCACAGAACUGUGGCCAGAAUGAAUUGCGUCAGAGGCUCAUGAACAAAGAAAAGGACCGCUUUGCAUCUGCAGUUCCUCAUACAACUCGGAGUAGGCGAGACCAUGAAGUAGCUGGUAGAGAUUACCACUUUGUUUCACGGCAAGCAUUUGAGGCAGACAUAGCCGCUGGAAAGUUCAUUGAGCAUGGUGAAUUUGAGAAAAAUUUGUAUGGAACCAGCAUAGAUUCUGUACGGCAAGUGAUCAACUCUGGCAAAAUAUGUCUUUUAAGUCUACGUACACAGUCUUUGAAGACCCUCCGGAAUUCAGAUUUAAAACCAUAUAUUAUCUUCAUUGCACCCCCUUCACAAGAAAGACUUCGAGCAUUAUUGGCCAAAGAGGGCAAGAAUCCAAAGCCUGAGGAGUUGAGAGAAAUCAUUGAGAAGACUAGAGAGAUGGAGCAGAACAAUGGCCACUACUUUGACACAGCAAUUGUGAAUUCAGAUCUUGAUAAAGCCUAUCAGGAAUUGCUUAGGUUAAUUAACAAACUGGACACUGAACCUCAGUGGGUGCCAUCCACUUGGCUGAGGUGAAGAAACAUCCGUUCGGCAGCAUAAUUGGAUUGGAUCUGUCAAGCUGUCAACAGGAAGAUAUCCUGAUACUUCAGCAAGAUUGAAGAUAAGGUGGAAGGCAGCAGUGUAAGCUGUAGACCUGGUUUUCAUCCUUACAUCCCUUAAACUAGUGAGGAGAAAGUUCCCUUAGGCAACUGUGUGCACAGCUUUCUUCAUUCUCUGCAAAUGGCUUUUUAAAGGUUCUUGCCUCACUUUGGGAUUCUAAAUGGAAGCUUUCAACACAGCAGUUCCAUUUUACCCUCUUAAAACCUUUUGUUUUCACCUAAAUCUUUUCUGCUUGGCUAUAUUUCUAUAAAAAAAACUUGUAUGUAUGUACACAAUAGUCCAUGUCUCAUGUACUUAUAAAUAUUGAUGUCAUUUAACACUUAAAUGACUUCAUGGGAAUAUUUUGAAGGGACUGUGCUUUUCUGCAUUGGGCAAAAACAGUAUUGGCUUAGGAGACUGGUUUAGUGAAAAGAACUUUCCUGAAAAAGAAAAGAAAAAACAAAACGGUGGCACUCUGGUUUGGAGCUACUUUGUUUAGGCUUGAAUUUAUUUGUAUUGUCUUUUUCCUCUAACAAAAAAAAAAAAAAAAAAGAA